ACCCUAUAUCAUCCCGCCAAAAAACUUUCUUUGGAUAGAAAAGGCUUUAUAUUUUUUGGGACAACCCUUCCACUUGACGACCCGGAUAUUUCUUUUCAUCUUGGAGAGAUCGGAGAAAACGUCUUCUGUCUUUUAGGAUUAUGUCGUUGCGCACUAUAUCAAUUGCCGUCGUUUUUAUUAUCACAGCCCUUCUAGUUUCGGUUUCCGAAGCUAGAUUUAAACGACAAACAUAUCAAUAUGACCCUUACCUCAUGUCAUUUGCUCAUCCACAUCCGGGAACAAAAGUUCAACAAGGAUAUCUAGCUAGAUAUGCUCCACAAGAUUGGCCAAAAUGGUACUCACGAAACAUGAUGAAGUGGACAGGAGAAUCGCGAUUCUCGCCGUACGACAAAACUGAUGCCAGAUAUCCAAAUUGGCAUAAUGAGUUUGCCAACAGAAGAGUGUAAAAUGAAAUAAUCAUUAUCUCCAUCUACAUGCCAUCUCUUAAUUUAUUGAUAUCAAUUUAUGUUACGGAAUUUUAGUGCUUUUCUGUAUGUAUACUAAUAUUAUAAUGACAACGUUAAUUUAACAAUAACAUCUUUCACGUGAUAAAUAUAAACUGUUGACAUUC